AUGGCUGCGCCCGCUGUGCGACCCCUCCGCCAUGCGACGAAUAUCGCUGAGCAAUACUCUAUCAAUGUGCUGCGGAGGUCACCUCGGACAGCAAGACUAUGUCUACGGGAGUGUAGGACACGGCAAAGAGCAAGGACGUGGCAUAAUACAAUCUCACAACGUUGCCGCCGGUAUCACUCAUCCACCACCGCAGCAGACACGAGAACAGGAUCACCCUCCUCCGUCUCCGCCUCCGAAGUCACACAUUUCUCCCGCCUCGCUUCCUCGUGGUGGGAUCCUCACGGCCCCUCUCGCCUGCUCCAUCUGAUGAACCCUCUCCGCCACGACUUCAUCCGCUCGUGCUUGGAAAGGCCUUCUCCCGACACCUUCGACACCUACACCUCCGAAUCCGACGUCGAGAACGACAACGAGAAAGAGAAGAGACAUUAUUCAUACCUAGACGUCGGCUGCGGCGGAGGCAUCUUCGCCUCUUCCGCGGCCCGGCUCCCCACAACAUCUCACGUUACAGCCAUCGAUCCCACCGAGAGCGUCAUCCAGGUCGCCCGAGAGCACCAACGCUGUGACCCUCUCCUCUCCUCCCCGGGCAAGCUCUCGUAUCUCAACUGCGCGAUCGAAGACCUCCCCCUCUCUCCCACUCACGGCUCCAAAUACGACAUACUAACCGUCUUCGAAGUCCUCGAACAUAUCGACACGCCCUCAUCCUUCCUCUCCACCGCAACCACGCACCUAAGACCCGGCGGCUGGCUCGUGGGAUCGACCAUCAGCCGCUCCCCUAUCGCCUACCUGACUACAAAACUCAUCGCCGAAGCACCCCUGAUCGGCGUGGUCCCCAGGGGCACGCACGACUUCUCCAAAUACAUCAACCCGGGCGAGCUUCGGGACUAUUUCGAGUCCGGCAAUGCGGGAGGACGGUGGGGAGAGUUCGUCACCAGGGGAGUUGUGUAUGUCCCCGGUUUGGGGUGGCGGUUCGUAAGGGGAAGUGAGGAGUUCGGGAACUACUUCUUCGGGGUGCAGAAGCUGGAAUGA